UUGUAGUUUUUUUUCCCACUUUGCGGACUUGAUCUAAGUCCCUCCCCUUUUCCCCCGGGCCGUAUCGAGUUUCGAGCCAUUCUCCAGCCAGAGGCGGUGGCCUCAGUUGUGAUUGUGUUUUGUUUGUGGCCGAGACCCAGUCUCCCCCGAAGUGGAACCGUCUCGAUAUCCGGUCCGCUUUGUCUCGCUUUUCCCCCCUCGAGAAUCCGCUCUGUCGCCCCUUUACCCGCCUCAGCGACACCCGAAGCCGCCCCGAGACAUGGCCGGGGUGCCGAUCGAGCCGGCGAAGAAACGGGGCAUCGACGACAUCAUCGAGCACAUGACCGCCGACCUACAGAGCUACGAGGGCCAGUACAUCCUCCUCGGCUCGCCGCCCCCGGCCGGAGGCUCCGUCUGGCCCGAGUACAGCCCACCGCCCCCGGAAAGCGUCUACUACCCGCAGCCUGUCCAGAGGGAGACAGACGUCCUCCGCAUGGUCGAUGUCGGAGGCGGAAACUUCGUCAACGUUGUUUUCAACCCGGGAGGACAGGAGUACCAGCAGCCGGUCGGAUUCAUCCACUACCCGGCCGCCAACAUAGUUCAACCGCACAUCAUCGACUAUUCACAAAGGGCGUCGUACCCGGAGAAUAUAUCGAAUGGGUGCCUCAUUGAAAAUGUCGUCGGUAACUGGGUGCCGAACCGCAACGGGACGUAUUCGCCGUUCGGAGGGCAGCAGGAGGAGCAGCCGCUACAGGAACGACAAGGCCAGUCGCAGGCGAAGAAGCGCAUUGUCGCCGAGGUGAAACCGAUGAGGCCGAGUUACUCAGAUGUUUUGGCUAAGCCUCCUCUGACUCCGCCACCGGUCACAAAGUUCUUUUCGAAGCCGACAACUAGCCCGCCUAUCAAGCCCGAGGUGAAAAAGCCGCCAAACAAGACGAGCGGCAACGCCAAGCCAGGCGGUGGCAGCACUUGCGGCCUGAAGAGGCAAAGCUCAUCCGGGAGCGAGGAGACGCUUGUCGAGAAGCCACGCGCCACGGUCAAGAGGUGGUCGUCACAGGAGGAGGUCGCCACGUCCAAGGGCGGCCAGCCUGUGGAGCCGAAGCGCGAAAAAAAGAGGAAAAAGGUGAAGCCGGCUGAAAAGGACGACAAGGUUGCCGAUGGCGUUCAGAAUGACAGCAAGACAGCCGGGAGGAAAGAGUCUCCUGGAAUGUCCGUCGGGCCUGCCAGGGCUCCCGAUCGUCAAACGGCCAAGCCAAAAGCAAGAGAAGAAAGAAAAGGAUCUGCGCCUAAGUCAGAAAGGAACAGUAGUAAUUGUAGAGCACCGAAGACUAAAAGGACUCAACGAUCGUUCCGUAAACGAGACACAAAUUUAGGCGCUUUGUUUAAAAAAUGGCAAGAAAAGUCAUCAUAUUACUUGAUGUUCUUCACUUCCUGGCUUAUUAAUCUACUUUGGAGUGUUACCUCUCUUUCAACUUCCCUUCUAAUACACAUGUUUAGCGAAGCUUGUGCCAAGAGUUCGACGUGGUUGGGCGAGUUCCAGCAGAGUUCAUUCUCGUUUGCGAAACGCUGGCUCUACUGGGGCAAGAAAGAGAGGCAGUUCCCGAAAAAGCCGCCUGAGCCUCAGAUCCCCGGCUCGCUCAACCACAACAUCUCACUCCCGACGACCGGUGAAGAGGCGAUGAAACGCCUGCUCUCAUGCAAGGGCAAAGACCCGUACAGCAUACUUGGCGUGACGAGCUCCUGCACCGAUGAGGAGAUCAAGAAGUACUACAAGAGCCAGGCCCUUCUUGUACACCCAGACAAAAACUCUCAGCCGGGCGCUGAAGAGGCAUUCAAGAUACUCGUACACGCCUUCGACCUGAUAGCCGAGCCUGAGAGGCGGAAAGCUUACGACAGGUAUGUCGCUGAGACGAACCAAGUCGAACAGGCUUGGAGCGAGCUGAGCAACCUACUUUCACAACUCCACGAAAAAAUGGAAUACGCUGCUAAUACAAUACGGUGUAACAACUGUGGCAAGAGGCAUAAAAGGGAAUUGACGGAUCGCCCGAGCUACGCUGCGAGGUAUUGCGCACAGUGUAAGAUCCACCAUUCGGCGAGAGAGAGUGACAUGUGGGCUGAGUCGCGCGGCUGGGGCUGGUGGCGUUGCAGGUACUACGCUUGCAUGGACGGAGCUGUAUACGACAUCACCCAAUGGGCCAACUGCCAGGGCAACGCGAUCCAGAGAGUCAAGCCAGACUCGCACGAGGUGCAGUACCGCGUACUGCUCGGACGUGACAAUCAGCCUCCACCCGCGCCCGACAUUGAUGAUAUCUUAAACUCACUCUUUCAGCAGGACAGCUCAGGGCGCGGCGCAAAGAAAAAAUCCAAAAAGAACAAAUAAGAAGAAGGACAGGCCGGACUGAUAAGAGACGUGCACCUUAACAGCCUGCGCCGCUUCCUUGUCCCUGAUCUACCCGUCGUCAUUUCUCAUCGCUUGCAGGCAACGCCCAAGCGCGCCGCAGUUGUUCCUGAAAAAGCUUCUUUGAAAAAAAAAAAAACUUUUACAAAAAAAACAC